GUGACUCACCGGAGGUUUCCCGAAAACAGGAACAGAAGUGCACCAGAUCCUGGAACAAUAUCAGCAAAACAUCUGCUUCACAUGAUUUGUUAAACAUGAACCGAGCACAGCUGGUGUAGAAUGUUAUUGUACCAGUUAAUCUGCGAGCAAGUUACUGAAUAAAGCAGAUUAUUAGUUUCGCUAAGUUUUUUUUGUUAAACCCGUUGGUUGGGGAUUAAAGCUAUAGAGGAUUAAUGUAGACAUAAUUUGAUCUGGAAGAAACAAGCUAACAUCUGCCUCAGUUUUGGUG